GUUUCUUCACCAAUUCUCAUUGUCAAGAGAGCAGGGUUUUAUGCUUGGACACACAAAAGCUGGAGAGUUCGAGAAGAGUUUGCACGUACAGUCACAUCAGCGAUUGGUCUUUUUGCAUCUACUGAGCUCCCUCUUCAGCGUGCUAUUCUUCCUCCUGAGAUGUAUACUCGGGCUGGGCCUCAGUUUCGUGAUGAACUUCAGCGUCAUCAUCUUCCCACAUCACUGGUGAGAUAAAACCUGCUAACCUUAAUCCCAAAAGGAGCAGUCCAAAAGCCAAGAAUUCCACUCGGGAGGUGUCUCUGUUUGGAGGUUUAUGUGCUUCAAUUUAAAACUUCACAAAUAUUUUGGUGGUUGUUGACAAAUUUAUGAAUUCAUAUGAAAAGGUCUUUCUCCAUAUCUUAUAUUUUGUUAUUGCCCAUUCCUACUUGGUAAGAUGCAUUGCAUUACUGUAUGCAUCCAGUAGUUAAAUAUCUAAGACUAUUUUUACUAGUUAUUACUUUAAAUCUCCUAGAGCUACCAUACAACUUAAGUCUCUUAUUGA